GAAGAGGAAACUUUCCCAUGUUUGACAUGUGGUGAAAACUUUCUUAAAAACGAACAUUUAAUGGAUCACAUGAGAACCCACACAGGCGAGAACAUUAAUGAAAGUCUGUCCUGUGGAAAAAGUUUCUCUCAGAAAUCAAAUCUUGUUACACACACCAGACUUCCUACAGAUCACCUACAGGAUUAUGUUGAAAAAGAGGAGGUUUUCUCGGACCAGCAGCUCUGUGGACAGGAGGGUUUUUCCAGUUUGGACCAAGAGGAACCAGAACCUUGGCAGAUGAAAGAAGAGCAGCAAAAGACAGAACAUCCCUGGACAAAAGAGGAAACCAUGGAGCUCCCCAUAAGUGAGCAGGAAGAGCAGCUUGUUCUGACGCAGGAAACCGAAGAUACAGGAGAGGAACUUUUUCCAUGUUUGACAUGUGGAGAAAAGUUUCUAAAAAAAGAACAUUUAAUGAUUCACAAGAGAACUCACACAGGUCAGAAGAUUUAUGAAUGUCUGUCCUGUGAAAAGAGCUUCUCUAAUAAAUGUAAUCUUAAAAAUCAUAUGCGAACUCACACAGGUGAGAAGCCAUUUUGUUGCACAAUUUGUGGCAAAAGUUUUACUGUAAAAAGUAGUAUGACUGAACACAUGAGAAUUCACACUGGUGAGAAGCCUUUUGAAUGUCUGUCCUGUGGGAAACGUUUCACUAAGAAAUCUAAUCUUCAUAUACACAUCCGAACUCACAAAGGCGAGAAGCCAUUUUCUUGUACGAUUUGUGGCAAAAGUUUUACUUUGAAAAGCAGUUUGACUACUCACAUAAGAAUUCACACAGGUGAGAAACCUUUUACAUGUCUGUCAUGUGGAAAAGGCUUCACCUUAAAACAUGCUCUUAAAAAACACAUUAGGAUUCACACAGGUGAGAAGCCUUUUUACUGUAUUAUAUGUAACAAGAAUUUUAUUGAAAAGCGUAGUUUGGCUUCUCACAUGAGACUUCACACAGGUGAGAAGCCUUUUGAAUGUAUGUCCUGUGGAAAAAGCUUCAUUCAGAAAUCUUAUCUUGACAGGCACACCCAACUUCACAAAGGUGAAAAGCCAUUUUUGUGUACAAUUUGUGGCAAAAGAUUUACUGUAAAAAAUAGUGUGACUGAACACAUAAAAACCCACACAGGUGAGAAGCCUUUCAAAUGUCUGUCCUGUGGAAAAAGCUUCACUCAAAAGUAUCAUCUUUAUAUACACAUCCGAACUCACACAGGUGAGAAGCCAUUUUCUUGUACGAUUUGUGGGAAAAGUUUUGUGGUAAAAAGUCGUUUGACUAGACACAUAAGAACCCACACUAGCGAGAAGCCUUUUACAAGUCCUGUUGAAAAGGCUUGACUUUAAAAUUUGCUCUCAAAAAAACACAUCAAAGGGGAGAAGCCAUUCUCCUGUAAUACUUGUGGCAAAAAUGUUACUAAAAAAUUUUGUUUGACUGAACACAUGAACACAACUAAUUAUCUUAAAAUUGAAGAUUUAUUAUUCCACAUAUGUAACAGCAGUUAAAAGCCACAGGAAUAUACAUGAGAGGCCUUUUCCUUGUUUGACCUGCGAUAUGUAAUCUUUGUUUCCAUUCAACUUACAUGUGAAUUUUAAGCAAACUUACAAAGUUAGAAAAAAAGGCAAUGCCAAUAAGCUGUUUCUAUUUGGUUUGAAACAAAUUAAACAACCACCAUAAAGACUACUGUCCGUGUUAUGCAACCACCAACACGAAAUAGCAGUGUUGCUUCUAGCCAUGUUUACACACAUAUAAGGAACAUCCAGCUGAUCAGUAAUUUGAGGUCCAAGUUUGCUCUGUCAGAGUUGAUUUAAAAAACUGUUUCCAUGUCCUGUUUUGCACAUUAACCCCUUUAUAAAAAUCCUAAACCAACUUAAGCGAGUGUAAAAAAAAAAAUGUCGGUGAAUUUAAGGGAAUGUAUUUGAACUUUGCCUUUUCCACCAAGUCUUCAAAUGCGCUGUUGUGCAAUCUUACCAACAGAUUAGGAAGAUAUUGAGAACUAAACUGGAAGUUAUAAUUAAUAUAUUUUCAGUCAACGCUAAACCAAAUAAUAAUUGUUAGUUAAAUUAUUAUAACUGGAAUCUGCUUACUCACCAAGGUGCGUUAGUCUUCUUACCUUUAAGAUUGGAUACCUGGCAGGUGUUAACAUCCAGUUAUUGCCAACCAGGGAAAAUUAUCCCUUUUUCUUCAGGUGUUAACCAAAAGGGCGGAUCUGGCUCUCAGAGAUAAAUCGGUCAUUAAGAAUGCACUGAAAAUUCAGACAUGAUGUCUGUCUCACCCUUUCAGACACAAGUUUCGGACAAAGAGGACAGUGCAAGGUGUACAGUAUUUUUAAGGGUGUAAUGGUGUCAGUAGGGUGGGCUUGCUUAUGUCAUAGAGGACAUUUGAUCCAUAGCAAUGCUAUAAAGACCAGAAAUGGAAUCCCAGAAUUCAACGCGGAGCAAUGAGAGACAUUUAGGCCCCGUCCGCAUGAAGCCGAACCCUGGCCUAAACGCACAAAUUUUUCACCAAACCAGCCUCUCAUCCAUACGAAGCCGGCGUUUCGGGGGUCUGUAAACGAUCUUUUUUUUUAUUCAGCCUUCAGAGUGGGAAGAUUU